CCUCCCAGUCCAAAAGACUCCAAACAGUCCAGCUACGACCGCCAGGUCUCCCCCUUGUCGCCGUCGCGCGCGCGCAGGGGAAGCGGGGGUAAUUCCGUCGAACACCUACCCCACGCCGGCGCCGGAGCGCCAUGUCCGGAACCGGUUGCCUCCCCGCCGACGGCGCGGCGGCCCUAACCAGGGUCUGCCGCGACGGCGCGGCGGCCUCGCGGCUCAAGACGGGGUCCCUGCUCGCCAUCCUCGUCGCCAGCGCCGUCGGCAUCUGCCUCCCCGUCGCGCUCACGCGCGCCUUCCGCGGCAGCCCCAACUACGCGCGGGGCCUGCUCCUCGUCAAGUGCUACGCGGCGGGGGUCAUCCUCUCCACCUCGCUCGUCCACGUGCUCCCCGACGCGCACGCCGCGCUCGCCGACUGCGCCGUCGCCUCGCGCAGGCCCUGGAGGGACUUCCCCUUCGCGGGCCUCUUCACCCUCGUCGGCGCGCUGCUCGCGCUCCUCGUCGACCUCUCCGCUUCCUCCCACCUCGAGGCCCACGCCCACGUCGGCGCCGACGCCGACGCCCACCACGGCCACGGCCACCAGGAAACGCCAUACACCCCAAUCCCCAAGAAGGUUCCUGUGUUCGAGCUCGCCGGCGAGAUGAGCCCCAAGAAGCGCGCUUUCUUGGAUGACGACCGAGAAGAGGACCCCGCGCCGCACGCCGCCACCAACGGCGGCGCCGACCCGGACCGCGACGACGUGGCGCUCUUCGGGCCCAAGAAGGGCGCGCGCAGCGACGAGGUCCCGGUCGUCGUCGCUGCCGGCUGCCAUGGCGUCGCUCAUGAAGUGGUGGAGGUAGGGGAGGGGCCCGGGGAGGACGAGGAGGAGACCAGGAGGAAGCAGAAGAUGGUGUCCAAAGUGCUGGAGAUUGGGAUAGUCUUCCACUCCGUCAUCAUCGGGGUUACAAUGGGGAUGUCCCAGGAUGUCUGUGCAAUCCGUCCACUUGUGGUUGCGCUAUCCUUCCAUCAGGUGUUCGAGGGGAUGGGACUCGGCGGAUGCAUCGCACAGGCUGGUUUUGGGAUGGCAACAGUUGGCUACAUGUGCAUAAUGUUCUCAGUGACGACACCAUUGGGAAUUCUUCUUGGAAUGCUAGUGUUCCAUAUGACUGGUUACGAUGAUAGCAAUCCAAAUGCCUUAAUAAUGGAAGGGAUUCUUGGUUCACUUUCGGCUGGAAUUCUCAUUUAUAUGGCACUAGUCGAUCUAAUUUCUCUUGAUUUUUUCCAUAACAAGAUGAUGUCAGCAUCUUUGAAACUGAAGAAGGCAUGUUACAUUGCGUUGGUGCUUGGAUCUGCUUCUAUGUCAGUAUUAGCUCUCUGGGCAUAGGUAAUUUGCAGAAGAGCCAUAUGUACGAUCUUCAGAGGAACAUGAUGUAAUGUUGGUCCCCUGAUAUCCUGUGUAGGAAGGAAUGGAUAAUUUGGGGGCCAACACUACACUAGUCCCCUGCUCUCAUGUAAAUUUGAACACAAAGGAAAUUGAAAAAUCACAAUCACAGUUCGUGAGCCGUGCAUACUAAAGUGUAGUAGGGACAUGUUUUUGGCAACGAGGUUGGCCUUGCUGCUUAUACUGUUGUAGUACGUGUUGUCUGAUCUGGAACCCAUGAUAUGAUGAAAUGCUUACUGAUGGAGAUUGAGAAAGUUAA